CUGAUUGGGAAUUUUUCGUUCGUGGUCAACGGCCACACUGCGCAAAAAGAAAAACAAGAUUAGUGGAUCCAGUCACAACAAAUAACAAAAAGAAUUCGAAAUGCACGAUUUUUUGCCGUCCCUGGAUGUUCUCUUCCUUGGACUACCGGGUCACUACUCGGUAGCUCUGAUCACGCUUCUCUUGUGCGUUUUGAUUGCUUUCUACUUCGCCAAUAUAUUCAAGGACAAGGGCGAACUGGAGGACGAAGGUUUGGGGGACGACGAGCCACGCGAUGAAAAUGAUUCCGAGUCGAAGGAGACUCCACAAGGAGAGGAAACUGACGACGACGAGGCCUACGAAGAGAACUCCACCGACAGCGAAGUGGAGCCUAUCGCGGAACAGCUGCCCGGGCACAACUACAACCACCUGAUGGGCCAACUCAAAGCCAAGAGGCUCCAGCACAAGAUGGAGAAGACUCUGACUCCCAGCCAAAUCGAGGAGGAGCGACGAAUAGAGCGGGAGCAGCUGGCGGCUAUCUUUGAGCUCCUGCGCAAACAAGAGGUGGAAUUAAAUCUCCAGGACCGCAUUAGCGACCAGGAUCUCAAGCAGCAGGUGCGGCUCUAUCGCUGAAGUGGUGGCAAGCGUACCUGACUUUUAAGAAUUGUGUGAUCUAUAAGUUAAAUGUUUAAAAUCCCAGGCUUUGCUGUUGCCCACUUAGUACGGGUAAAGUCUUUAGUCAAAAGCUAUCACAAUUGCAUGUAAAUUAUAUGUAUUAAAAAAUGA